CCCAACUUGUAAACCAUGAUUAGUAUUUGCAAAACAAUUUGCAUUUGGAAGGUCCGAAACGUGAGAAAGGCGAGCCCCUGUUUCCCGUGAUCUCUCGCGACCGUCACUUUACCGGAGGCAGCCAAAGAGAUAUGUGAUUCAGCGCUAUGCGUUAUCUCUUUCCUCAUCUCUUUCCUCGACGAUAACUUCAUUCGUCGGCCAUUAUCUUGCUGCCCAACUAUACUGCACUUUACUUGUCUUGUUCCCUAUCUUGCCCAUCUACUACCUGAUCUAGAAUUUCGUCAUUGUCUUGGAUAGUCGGAUGUCAUGAACCCUACAGUAAUCGAUAACAGCGACGUCGUGUUCCAGUUCGACUUCCCUGAGGAAUCGGACGUAGCGGCUCCAACUCGCGGUAUAUCGCGUCGUGCGAGUCCAGAUCCUUCUUCGUCGUCGGGGAUCACAGAGGUCGAGAGGUUCGUAGAAUGCAUACGUCCAGAGAGAGACAGUGGUAAAGGUAAAGGUGUGUCAAUACCGAUGCCCAUUCCAUCUAGCUCUCUUCUGCGCGAGGAGGAUGUGUUUGGUGACCUUCAGUCGUCGAGCCCUCCCGGAUCUUCGUCUUCGUUAUCGGUGUUCAUUAAUAACCCCCAGAGAGAUGUCCACAGCGGCUGGGGGCCGUCCUCUGGCGGUCCUCGUAGUAAUGCGAGCAACUCUUCGGGAUCUUUGACUGGGUCGUCUGAAGAGACGGUACACGGCAAGGGCAAGGGCAAGGGCAAGGCAACAGACUUACCCCCAUGUCUUCCGCCCCUUGCUUUCUCCCGUCCAGAAUUCAGCUACAGCCACAUUGCAUGGCCUUCUUCAUCUGUCACAGAUUCUGUGGAACCGUCUUCCUACGGGUCCCCACGUUUUGAUUCGCCGAAUUCGCCGAGCUCCAGCCUUUCCUUUAGCACUGCUAACCUCCCAAAUCCGAGUCAAUCUAAUCCAUCACAUAAUCCGACUCAUGCCCGCCGGCGCACAGUGUCUAAUAGUUCCAUUCGUUCCAUUUCCUCCGUUAGCACUCUAUCAUUGUCCAAGCUCAGAGGCAAGGCAUUCGGUGGGACCCCAGGAAAUCUUACACGGAAACUUCUCCGCAAAUCUAGUGUCCCUACUACGGAUGACGUCCCUGUUGAACCGCCUAUCCAGUCUAACUCGUUGAAUGAUGCAAGUCGCCAGGUGCUUGAGGACCAUUUCAAGGGUGCUCCCCUCUCGUAUACAAUCUCCAGUAUUGAUGGGUCUCAGAGCCUUUCAUGGCCACUCUCCUCAACCAUCUCGAAGGGUAAAUCGCGCUCGAAUUCAUCUCCAUUCCCAUUUUCUAUAUUAGACUUGGCCACUACCACAGACCAUUUCGUACCACUGUCGUUGACAAUUCCUAGUCACUUCGAAGCCCUGCCCAGAGAAUUGCGCUUGCGAGUUCUGCUUGCAUUCCUUGAUGUACACGAGGAGGAGCACGAGAAGGACCUCAUGGAUGGUCAGUGGACCAUCAUGAAAGCUUCCUCGUCGAAGAAUAAAUGGGUCGGCAGGGACCGAGGCCUGCGAGAGUUGGUGAAGCUGAGCAGAGUGUCCAAAUCAUGGCAGAUGCUGCUGUCUGACGGUCAAUUAUGGCGGAGACUUGAUCUCCGAUCGUUCUGUAAUGUUCCCAAAACACUCAUCCUUCGGCUAACAUCAGUGGCGGGUCCGUUCAUCACCAGCUUAAACUUUGCUGGACAUGUCUUCUUACUUUCUACGACACUCACCGAUGUUGCGAAUCAUCUUUGUGUCCAACCGACAAGUUCUAAUGGGGUGCCCUUCACGCAAUUGACCGCCCUCAAUUUUCGAGGGUGCACCAUGUUGACAACACAAUCCUUGCACUACCUUCUCAGAUGCUCUCCGGCACUGCAGAAGCUGGACGUGAAGGGUCUUCACAUAGUGACGAAUGCGACUUGUGAAAUACUGGCAGCAAGUUGCCCACGACUCACAAUCUUGAACAUGAGCCGAUGUCCUGGCAUGGACGCCGAUGGAAUUUAUUAUUUAUGUCAAGCUGCGAUCUCUCGAAGGCGAACUCUAUCAUUGAGGGUGCUUCGUCUCUCGGGAUUGAAAUAUGUUGACGAGAAGAUGAUGGCGGCCGUGGGGAAAGCAUGCCCUGAUCUGGAGGUAUUGGAUCUCAGUUAUUGCCGUCAAUUGCACAACUCAGCUUUAGAGGCAUUUGUCGCAUGUGGCGAAAAUGAGAAUCUCGGCGUUGAGACGGUCGUUCUCAAUGCUCGUCAAGUUGGGCGGGAUGCUGGAGACAAUAAUAAGUAUAGACGUCGCAUCACUCAGCUCCGCCAUAUUUCCCUCUCGUACUGCUUCCUUUUAACCGAUAUCGCGUGCUCGAAUCUUGCUCAUUCGGUCCCUCGCUUGGAAUUCCUGGAACUCGCGGGUAUCGGUGAUGACCUCGCAGAUGAUGGGCUAAUCAGACUCCUGAAUACGACUCCAAUGAUCCGGCGAUUGGAUCUUGAGGAUGCAGCUCAAAUCACUGAUGCAGUCAUUUCGGCCAUCACCCCAUCUGUUAAGGCGGACGACGAAGCUUCCUCGAAUAUCCGGGAUGAACGAGAAGCAGGGUACGCCCUAGAGCAUCUCGUAAUUUCCUACGCCAACAACGUUACGGAGGACGCGUUGUUGACCUUGAUACGUGCUUGUACGCGCUUGAAAAUCCUGGAGGCUGACAACACUCGGAUAGGACCCAGGGUAUUCAGGGAGUUCAUUCGGCUGUGUCGCAGCCGAGAGAUGUCCGACAGCAAAAUCGUUGCUGUAGACUGUCGUACGAUUGGCGAGCAUGCGGUUAAGGAAAUGGCUUCCAUGACACGACCCCGGUUGGGUUGGCGAGCUUAUGAUUCGAGAAAAUUGAAGUACGUCGAUGGCCGGGACGGCGAUUUGGAAGAUUUGAAAGUAGGGCAGGACGAGUGCGACGAUAAGAGGGUGGUGGUGAAGACUUUCUAUUCGUGGCAGACCGUGGAUUCGGUCAAGACCAGUCGGGAGAAGCGAAGGAAGUCUGGUUCGAGGAGGGCAGCGAACGGGUCCGGAAGUAGUUCCGGCGAUAUUGAUGAUAUAGGACAUACGACGAGGUGGUGGUCUCCUGGAGGCCGAAGGUCUGGUGCAAAUAGCCCGACUGAUGUGGGACGUGAUACGUGUAGAAUCAUGUAAGGUUAUUUGUUUCAUGGUUUUUUGUUUCUCUUUUCUUCAUUUUCCCCCUGCUUGAUGUACUUUUAUUUCGCAUCACAUCCACAGCACUAUGUACAUUUGUACGAAUAUUCCGCCUUGUACUAACAGACACCAUUUUGUACUUUUUUUGUAUGUAUCUUUUCCGCGAGACGAUUAUGAUCAUCAUCGUAGUUGAUAAUAAAUUAGUAGACAGCUCAAGAUACUAGUUCAAGAACGAGAAACCAAGCAUUUCUAUUUGAAUACACAAA